AUGGCCGACAGCGAACCAACCAAGCUACCCACACCUGCAUCCUGCACGGCAGAUUUCUGCCUGAUCCCACUAGGAACACCAACCGCUUCGGUAUCGAAAGAGGUCGCCGAGGUGCAGAGACUGCUUAAGAAGAGUGGAGUGAAAUAUAGCAUGCACUCUGCUGGCACAACUCUCGAAGGAAGCUGGGAUCAGUGCAUGCACAUCAUCGGCCAAUGCCACUCGAUGCUGCAUGCGAGAGGCGUGGUCAGAAUACAAUCCGACAUUCGGGUCGGAAGCCGCACAGACAAGAAACAGUCGAUCGAAGACAAAGUGACUGCAGUGGAGAAGCUGCUCGCAGCAGACAAGCAGGACGUUGAGGAUGAAGAUGCUGGAGAGAUCACUUACAAGAGGUAA